CUCUCACGCACAUUCAUUGUCCCUUGUGGGCUCCCGUAGCAGUUGAAUUGAGGUUUUUUAACAGUUCACGCAAUGCAUUGUGGGUAGGUCAGGAGUAGCGGGGACGCCAUGUGCUUUUGAGGCAGAGGAUCCGCUGGAAGGAGACGUGUGUGUGAUAAAUUUGUCUGUUUCUCAGAGAGAGGACCACCGGUUCCAUUUACCGUCUGCAUGUUCUGCACCAGCCGCUGCCUCCGCACCGCGCUGCGAGCCGCAGCCAGCACGCAUCGGCAACAGCUUCAGCGGCAGACACCAGCCUUAUGUGCUGUCAGACUUCUGAAAACCAGUCCAGCCUCGUCUUCAGAUGCCAUCGCCACCCCUCCUCUAGAUGGAGCCCCCAAACAGUAUUCCCCCAAAAUCCAGCGGCUUGUCAGUGACAUAGCCAGCCUCACCUUGUUAGAGGUGUCCGAUCUCAACGAACUCCUCAAGAAAACUCUGAACAUUGAGAGUGUCGGAAUGAUGCCGAUGGGGGCGAUGGCGACAUUAGCUGCUCCUGUAGCUCAGGCUGCAGAGGAGGAGGUGGCACCAGCAAAGAAGGAGAAGACUCACUUUACAGUAAAAUUGACAGAAUUGAAAGCUGCUGAAAAAGUAAAGCUUAUAAAGGAAGUGAAAAACUGCAUCCAGGGCUUGAAUCUGGUGCAGGCUAAGAAACUAGUGGAGUCUCUUCCACAGGAAAUCCGGGCCAACGUAUCCAAAGAAGAGGCAGAGAAAUUAAAAGCAGCCCUGGAGGCAGCAGGUGGCACCGUUGAUACAGAUGACUGA